CUCAGAACUUUAUUCUGUUCAAAUCCAACGCCCAUGAGAAAGCAAAACGCACUUCCCGCUCCCCCGCCCUCUUUCAAAAUAGCAGAGUAAUGCCUUCAGCAAGCAAGAACUAGGGUUUCAUGGAUCUGCAAUCUCCUUGUCCUGUCACCACCGUUCGCCGCAACCCUCCGAGAAAGGCGAAGCAAACCUCAUCAACCCAUGCACUAAGUUCUUCUAAGCCUUCCAAUGCCAAUAUCGGGAUCACUCCCUUCCCCUUCGAUGACAUCCUCGAACCCCAUCCACCCAAGAUCCGCCCCCUUUCUAAUCAGAGGCCUAAAAACUCUAACGUUGGGACUUCCAGCAACCUCAAGGUAUUCCUCCGUAUACGACCCCUCGAAUGCAGGGCCUCGCAGGCCUCGAAGGUCACCGGCGGCGAGGCUAGAGCUAUCGGGAGGGUUAGAGCUGCCAAGGAUGAAAAGAGGAAGAACAUGUCGUGUUUGUUUGUGAAUAGCUCAAGCUCAGUCACGCUAACUGCCCCAGCUUCAGCCCUGGAGUCCAAACGCGCUAAAAGCGAGGUUUAUGAUGGGUUUUCGCAUGUAUUUCCUCCGGAAUCCGUUCAGGUGGACAUUUAUGAUAGAGUAAUGCAACCUCUAGUGAUGGAUUUUAUGGAAGGACAUAGCUCUCUUUUAGUUGCAAUGGGGCCUACGGGUUCUGGGAAGACAUAUACAAUGUUUGGAUCUCCGCAGCAACUGGGUAUUGUGCCUCUUGCAUUUAGGCAAAUAUUUAGCCAGGCAGCAGUUGAUGAGAAUAUUCGAAGCUCUAGGACGUAUUAUCUAUCUAUGUUUGAAAUACAUUCUGAACGAGGGAAAGCAGAAAAGAUUUUUGAUUUGUUACCAGAGUCUGUGCCACACCAGCAGGGAGGCAUUAGCAGCUUUAAGGAGGUCAAGAUUUCUUCAGUUGCUGAUGCAGAAAAAUUAAUAGCACAUGGCACCUUCAAACGGUCUACUGCUGCUACAAAUGCAAAUAACAAGUCAAGUCGAUCUCAAUGUAUCAUUAAUGUUCGUUGCAUGCUGAAGAGUGACACGGAUGAUCAUUCAUGUACUAAGGCAAUUCUUACGAUCGCUGAUCUUGCUGGAGCAGAGAGAGAAAGAAAAACUGGAAAUCAGGGAACAAGGCUCUUGGAAAGCAACUUCAUUAACAACACAUCCAUGGUUUUUGGGCAAUGCUUGAGAUCUUUGUUAGAGCAUCAGAAAAACCCUAAGAAGCCAAUUGAGAAACACUUCAAAAACUCUCUGUUGACUCGGUACUUGCAAGAUUACAUGGAAGGGAAAAGACAAAUGACUUUGAUUCUAACCGUCAAAACGACACAGGAGGAUUACAUGGAUACAUCUUUUAUUUUGAGACAAGCGUCUCCAUACAUGCAGAUCAAAUUUUAUCAUCUACAAGAAAAUGAUAAUGCACCAUGCCAGAAAAGGAAGGCUGCAUUGGUUUUGACAGAAAGUAGCAAGAGGAGGAAAGAUAAUAUAUCUGAACUUUCAUUGAUUGAUGGAGAUCAUGUUGUGAUGGAAGCAUCUGCUACAAGCAAAAUAUCUGAGAAAGAUUCUGCUGGAGAGGAAAUUGGCAAGCAAGGAAAUGCAGAAUUACAUAUUGAGCUUCAAAAGAUUAAGAGGAGUGAAGAAGUUAUGAGGAAUUUUGCCAGAGCUCUGUUGAGCACACUAAAGCAAUAUAAAUAUAAACUUAAGGAAUCAGAGAAUGAAGUACGAUAUCUGAAGGAAAGUCUUAAAAAGCAGAGAGCUCAAGCUAAUAAAAUAGAGAAAGAAUUGAAUGAAAUAAGAACCCUACGCUCAUGCCCAAGUAAGCCUGCAGUGGAAGAAGGCGCUAAUACUCUUUCAUUUAAUCAUGGUGUUUCCGUGUCACUGGUUCCUUCAGAUCCAGACAAUGAACAGGGCACUGAUGUUCUGCCUGAUGAAACUAAUACUACCUUGUGUCCUGAAACUUCAAUAAAAAUUGAAAUGGAUCAAAAUAGAAAGACAGUUGAUGGCAGUUUGCUUGACAUAAAAUCUACAGAUAAUAAGGGUAUGUUGUCUCCGCCACUUCAUCAAAGGACGCUGAAAAAGGUACACAUUGCUGCUGAAGCAUGUUCAAGGUUGCCUUUGGAAGAAAAAUCUGAGGAUCUAAAUUAUCAGUAUUUAGAUGAGGGCCUUGAAAACUUCCAAAAACUUGCUCAAAGCUAUGUGCAAGUUGGAGAGAUGGAUGAUUUGGUAAUGAAUUUGUCAGAAGUUUCUAGAUUAAAAGGACCAGACGGCAAUGCUCCAGUUAAUAUUCCAUUAACUGAGCAUGAAUACAGUGGUGAAACAUCAAAUCACUCUACUUAUCUUCUUCGACCUACUGUUCCACUCGAAAGUGAAGAUUGCACUUUGUGUUUGCCUGUGAAGGAAGAGAUCUCAAUUAAUCAAGACGGAAAGUAUUUAGCUGAGACCCCUGAAAACUUACAAAAACUUGCUCAAAGCUAUGUUCAAGUGGAAGAGAUGGAUGAUGUGGUAAAGAAUUUGUCAGAAGUUUCUAGUUUAAAUGGACCAGACGGCAAUGCUCCAGUAAAUAUUCCUUUAACUGAGCAUGAAUACAGUGGGGAAACAUCAAAUCACUCUGCUUGUGUUCCUCAACCUACUGUUCCACUAGAAAUUGAAGAUUGCACUUUGUGUUUGCCUGUGAAGGAAGAGAUCGCAAUUAAUCCCGAUGGAAAGUGCUUAGAUGAGGACCCUGAAAACUUCCAAAAACUUGCUCAAAGUUAUGUUCAAGUGGGAGAGAUGGAUGAUGUGGUAAUGAAUUUAUCAGAAGUUUCUGGUUUAAAAGGACCAGACGGCAAUGCUUCAAUAAAUAUUCCAUUAUCUGAGCAUGAAUACAGUGGCGAAACAUCAAAUCAUUCUGUUUGUGUUUCUCAACCUGCUGUUCCACUCGAACGUGAAGAUUGCACUUUUUGUUUGCCUGUGAAGGAAGAGAUCUCAAUUAAUCAGGACGGAAAGUAUUUAGAUGAGGACCCUGAAAAUUUCCAAAAACUUGCUCAAAGCUAUGUUCAAGCGGGAGAGAUGAAUGAUGUGGUAAUGAAUUUGUCAGAAGUUUCUAGUUUAAAAGGACCAGACGGCAAUGCUUUAGUAAAUAUUCCAUUUACUGAGCAUGAAUACAGUGGCGAAACAUCAAAUCAAUCUGCUUGUGUUCCUCAACCUACUGUUCCACUCGAAAGUGAAGAUUGCACUCUCUUUUUGCCUGUGAAGGAAGAGAUCUCGAUUAAUCAAGAUGGAAUGCAGCAAUCAUUGGAAAAGGUAACCCUGACUGAAAAUGUUCGGAGUGCCACUACUUAUUCAACAGAAGCCUUAAAUAGCGAAAAGGAUGACAUUGCUUUAAGACCACUAAAUUGCCAAAGACCUAAAAGGAAGUUGCUUCCAGCGUCAGCCAUUCAUUUUAAGGACUUCGGUGGGCUAUUCAUGGAUGAGAACGCAAUGGAGGGCAAGCGUAAGAAAACAGAUAAGUUAAAAGCAAGAUCGGACGGCAGCAUCUCCCUUAUUCGAAUUUUAAAGAGCAAUCUUCCUCGAUAGCAAUGGUAAAGCUCAUUACAAGCUGGCUGCUUUCUUUGGACAUGCCAUCUUCAUCUUUUAACCUGAAAAUUUAAAAAAAUAAUAAAAAUAAUAAAAUUCUCGGUCACCGUUUCGGCAAGAUGAUUGAUAAUUCUCAGUAAAAUGCACUUCGCUAAAUGUUCGCUUUAUUUUUUACUCGAGUCGGUCAUGCUGUCAUUUCUGAAAAAUCAGCACAUUUUUAAUUUGUAUAUUA